GCCCGCGGCGCUGACCGGGACCCGGAGUUGUGGCCGGGCCGGGGGCGGCGGGGAAGGACGGGCCGAGCCUGAGGACAGUGAGGGACACUGAGGGACAGGCAGGGGUGAUGCCGGUGCUCCCCGAGGGAGAAGGAGCCAUCGCGGUGUGCGGGGAGCUCGGACACGAGUUUGACUCCGAGGAAUUCCAGCUCCCAGGGAUUGCACCGGGAUGACCUCUGGGAGCGGCUCUGUCAUCCCCAGCACGUGGGGAUGGGGUGACUCAUGAGCUGCUGGUCCUCGACAAACCCCAGGGGUACAGGCAGGAGGAGGAUGAAAAGCAGCUCUUGCAGGACUUCAGAGACUUUGUGGUGCUGCGAAAUGCCAGCUGAGUGUGUCACCCCUGGGGCCCAGCCAGCUCUGAGCUCUUUGUAAAGCCAAGUCUGUGGGAGUUUCUGUCCAGUGGCCUGACCUUCAGCAGGAUUUCAUUGCCUGGCCAAGGAAACAGGAUGGAAGGGAAGGAGAGGCACCAAAAGCUGCUUCCAGCAAGGUCCACAUCUCUUCUUUAAAGAGAACUUCCAGCAGGCAGAGAGGCUGAAAAGCAAACACUGCAAAGAACCACAAUGGAAGGAGGCAACAGCCCAAAUCUGCAACUCCAGCAGCUGCCCUUGGCCACAGCAGCAGUUUCUGUGCAGCCACACACGGAUUCCUUCUCCUACAAGGAGAACCUGAUUGGGGCCUUACUGGCUAUUUUUGGGCACCUUGUCAGCAGCAUUGCCCUCAACCUGCAGAAGUACAGCCACAUCAGGCUGGCAGGCUCCAAAGACCCCAGGGCCUACUUCAAAACCAAGACCUGGUGGUGUGGGUUCCUCCUGCUGCUGCUGGGAGAGCUGGGAGUGUUUUCCUCCUACGCCUUCGCUCCCGUCUCGCUGAUCGUGCCGCUCGGUGCAGUGUCUGUCAUAGCUAGUGCAAUCAUAGGGAUUAUAUUUAUUAAAGAAAAAUGGAAGCCCAAGGAGUUUUUGAGACGUUACGUCCUGUCCUUCCUCGGCUGUGGGCUGGCAAUCGUUGGCACUUACCUGCUGGUGACUUUUGGCCCCAACAGCCACGAGAAGAUGACGGCAGAAAACAUCACCAGGCAUUUAGUGAGCUGGCCGUUUCUGCUCUACGUGCUUGUGGAGAUCAUUGUUUUCUGCCUGCUGCUGUAUUUUUACAAGGAGAAAAAUGCAAACUACAUUGUAGUUAUUCUUCUGCUGGUGGCUUUGCUGGGUUCCAUGACGGUGGUGACGGUGAAGGCUGUGGCAGGGAUGAUUGUUGUGUCCAUCCAAGGCACCCUGCAGCUGGACUCCCCCAUCUUCUACAUCAUGUUGGUGUGUAUGAUUGCCACAGCCAUCUACCAGGCCACGUUUUUAGCUCAAGCCUCCCAGCUCUAUGACUCAGCUCAGAUUGCCAGUGUUGGCUACAUCCUGUCCACAGCAGCAGCAAUCUCAGCAGGAGCGACUUUUUACUUGGACUUCACGGGGGAGGAUGUUCUGCACAUAUGCAUGUUUGCACUGGGGUGUCUCAUAGCAUUCCUGGGUGUCUUCCUGAUCACCAGGAACAGGAAGAAGCCUGUGCCCUUUGAACCAUACAUAUCCAUGGAUGCCAUGCCAGGCAUGCAGAACAUGCAUGACAAAGGGAUUGCAGUCCAGCCUGACCUCAAAGCUUCCUUCUCCUACGGGGCCCUGGAGAACAACGACAACAUGCCCGAGAUUUACACCCCGGCCACGCUGCCCAUCGUGCAGGAGCAGCACGGACCCAAAGGGGUGUCUGCCCCUCCCUACCGGGUGCUGGAGCACAGCAAAAAGGACUGAGUGACCUUAAAGGACUGGAUUUGAAUCCUCAGAAGUCUGACCUUUUAUUUAUUUACCCAUUAAAAUACGAGCAAGUGUAAAAGCCAACCUUGACAAGCUCAUCUCCAGCUGAACUUUCCAGGCUGAUUAUUAAAAUAAGCAACUCUUUCUAAUAGCUGUGAAGUUGAAAGCACUCAUUCUUAGCAAGGAGUAAAUGCCAGUUCUGCAUGGAAUCCUGCUGUGCUGAAGUGUGAAAGGGGGAGUGCAGCAUCAUGGCACUGGUGAGAGAGCUGAUGCUGUGGGAAGAGAAGUGACUGUGCAGUUUUCAGCCCUGCUGGGAGUGGGUUUAUCUCCAGCCAGAAGAGAGAGAGAGAGAGAGAGAAGAGCAGGAUUUAAUCUUUCAUUUACAGAGCCUGUGAUGGAUUUGCAGGAAGGCUGUAAAUCCUCACGUGUCUGGUGUGACCACUGACUCACUGAACACGGCAAUAAAUGGAAUUGUUUUUAAGCAUCACCACUGGAACUUCCUGUGUUUUUAGAGCAGCAGGGCUGGUCAGAGCAAACAAGCUGCUUGAUUCCCUCAAACCACGGAUUUUUGGGCCACCUCCUGUACUGCUGUUCUCUGGCUGGUGUUGAGCACGAGCACUGAGGCUGGGAGUUGUUUCUAGAGCACCACUGGAUUAUGUGUCGGCUUAGAACAAAGAUUAUUUGCCAGUUUUCUGUUCCGUGGCAGGAGCUUCGAGUUGGAUUAACUGGUGCAGGGGGAACGCUGUGAGGUGCAAGGGCAAGGAGAAAUGAGGAUAAUGUGACUGGAUCUGGUGGGGAAUUCUAUAUCAUUUUUGAUCCUGUCUUAAAUGAUUUAUCAGGUUUAUUUUUGUUCUGCAGGAGUCCAACUUUAGUGGUCCCCAAUACUUACAGGUGUUGACAUCCCCUUAGUUCUGUAACCACAACCGAGCUUUGUGUACUUGUGAUAUUCAUCUUCCCACACAGUUAUUGCAGGUUCUUGCUGUUGUGCAGGACAACAGAACCUUUCUCUUGCAGAGGUUUGAUGCUGCCAGAGCAGCCAUUCACCUGGCUGCAGUGACACUGAUUUACUGCCCUGGGGUCCUGGUAAUCAGCUGUGAAUUUCUGUGCAGCUUUUGUUCAUUAACAAUACCAAAUGAAGUCAUGCAGGGCACAGGAAUGCUGCCUCUCCUUUAUCUCCUCCCUUUUAAUCAACCAGGCAGCUUGGACCUAUUAGUUCUGCCACCACAGAACACACACAGUUGGAAAACAAGCUGUGCUAAACCCACUGACAGCUACAAACACCUCUUUUACAUGGCAAUAUUCUCUGUGUUUAAUUUUUAAUUUUUUUUCCCUGACAUAUAUUAUGUACUUCCCCCUUUCUUACUUUUUUCUCCCAAGCUUCCAAAAAAAUUUCAUUUUCUGCUCUCUAGCCCCGUUCUUAGAGCUGAGGAGGCACGAGCAGGGCCUUGAGAAGCCAAGGAUCUUCUUUCAACUUGACCUGUAGGACUCCUGUGCUCUUUCUGACAGUGGCAGGGGAGAGCUCAGGGCUGAAUUCAACUCCCUUGUGGUUCAGAGCAGCUGGAACAGGGAAGGUGUUUAUUUGCACCUUCAGGUCUGAACUUUGUACAGAGUGUUGGUUGGUCUGAGGUGGCAACAGCCAUGCCCAGGAUGGCAGCAGAAUAUUCACAGCUGAGCAGCACAGGGAGGUUUAAAGAGUGGAAAAUAAUAUAAUAAAAUGCCAGUUUUAACAAGUGAAUGUCAGGUGUCAGCCCUGCAGGGUGAGCCCAAGGAACAGCUCCUUGGCUCUGUCUCUGGCAUCUUCCCCCAGUGUGAACUGACAGCUCUUUGCCUCCACACUGUGUGGCUUCUCAAUGCCCCAGAGCACUUAAAUCCCUUCUCAGUGUGUGUUUUCUGUGUGAUUUCAUGCUGUGCAGCACAGCUGAACGUGGAGAAUGACCUGCCUUCAGUGUUGUCCCGCUCACAUAAAAAUGUGUCAAUAAAUCAAGCUUGACAGUGUUGCACUAUCAGGAUCACUGCUUCAUUUUUCACGAGCAGCGUUGCAUGUCUUACUGAAUUCUGUUUGUCUUUCAGGUGAGGCCUUUGGAAUUAAAACUUUAAAUAAAAAAGAUCGAGGGAAAAGGAAACUCUCAAUAAAAGGUUGUGGUAAAACCCGA